UCUGCAGCUUUAGCGGAUUUUAGUGACAGGAGUGCGAACAUGUCGGGACAUGCCCGUGUGUCCCAGCGCGCCGCACACUGUAGCGCACCGGGCAAAUGUGCCAGUCACCUUCAACCGCAAGCGAAACUGGACCGAAUCUGCCCAAAGCCACAGGAGACGAUUACUUUAAUGGGACAGAGAAUUAAGUGACUGCUGAGAUUUGUCCCUGCUGCAAUAAAUGGAAUGGAUUGCUCGAUGGACGAAUAUUACAACGGUGGACAGUGUCACAAGUGCCCACAAUGUCCACCUGGCCAAGAACUGAAAGAGGACUGUGGUUAUGGUGUAGGAGUGUCAGCAGUGUGUGGCGUAUGUGAAGUUCGGUGGUUUAAGGAAGUCUGGGGUUCUCACCCUUGUGCACUGUGCCAGAACUGCCGCAGACUCAACAGACACCAAAUCAAGCACUGCACACACACAGACAAUGCAGUGUGUGGAAACUGCCUCCCUGGUUUCUACAGCAAAAUGCGACUGGAUGGACAAGAAGAUUUGGAAUGCCUUCCAUGUGGCCCUGCACCCUUCAGAAACUUGCAGUGUAGCCGUGAAGCAGGGACUGGUGUUGCAAAAGCCCAAACCUCAGCACCUCCCGUCCAAAAUGUAUCAUCCAUGGUGACCGCUUGUGCAGCAACGGCUAUAUUAACAACCGUCCUAUUUACAAUUGUGUGUGUCACCUACCAGACACGGUCUUCACUCAGGAAAACAUGCAAACGUUGUUUAUCACCAGUCAGUAACGGUCACCGUGACAGUGACGCAGCUUCGGUUCCAAUGACAACCCUGCACACAGUGAUGCAGGACGCAGAAGUAGACACAUCAAAUCCUUGCCUGCUAUUGAAGCACCCCUGCACGCUUAAUGACAUCACCACCAGGAUGACCACUGAUCUUGGCAUGCAUAGGUGUGAGGUUCUUCCUCUGAUGCAAAGCUCGUCCUGCACAGAUCCUGCAAAGGGAGUCAUCAUGCAGGCAACAGAAACACCUGAAGUUUCUUCUACAGACUCGUGCCUCUCCAGCCAGCAUGUCAUUCUCACUCUGGUAGGAGGACAGUCUGCAGUGAGGCCCUGCUGUGCCGUAGAGCAGCGAACAGCCUGGGGGCUUCAUGCUCCUGUAGAGUGCACUGAACUGGACCUUCAGUAUCUCUCCAACGCCCCGGAGCUCCACACAUUCAGACCUUCAGACUUCAUAGCCAGAAAUAUCCCACAGUGCCCUCAGGCCUGAUUCUGCAGGACCUGGGGGGGAGAGAGCGAGAAGAGAAAGUGGAAAAGGAGAUUGUUAACGUGAAGAGAGAUCACAGCUGCAAACGUACAAUUAUGGUAAUGAGACACUUAAAGAAUCAACAUUCCACUCAAAACAUAUCAUGUGAAGUUCAUUGAAAUAAGUGUGCUACUGUGGUUGUCUGAUGUUUCUGCAAUGUGAGAAACAAGUGCUUAUUAGCACAAAAUGGACAUUAACUGGAGAAGGGCAGAGAAAAAAAAGAUCUUCAUUUGCCUAAAAAGUAGCAAUUAACAGAAGUAACAAUCAAUGUUUUCUUCAGUAUUUGAAUGUGCGUCUGAGUGAACUGGAUUAUCAAAGAAGUAACAAAAAAAUGUAAAGUGGGACUUGGUUCUAUCCAUUGGUUCUUGAUUGCUUGUAGAUCAUUCACAAGAAGAUCAAUAACAUAUAUUCAGAUUCUGAAUUACCAUUUAAAGUUUAGAAUCCACAAAAAUAAUUAAGCAGCACAACUGAUUUCAACUUUGAUAAUAAGACAUUUUUCUUAAACACCAAAUGAGCAUACUAAGUUGGUUUCUGAAGGAUCAUGUGAUACUGAAAUUUUAGUUUUGCCAUCACAGGAAUAAAUUAAAUAUUAAAAUAUGAUCAUUUUUAAUUACAAUGAUAUCUCGCAGUUAAAAUUUUUACUGUAUUUUUAUCAAAUAAAUGUUGACCUUAGUGAGCCUUAAAAUACCUCUUUCCAAGAAAUGUAAAACUCAAACCACCAGUGUGCAGCAUCCACCUGAACGAUGCGACGGCAGCCAUAGUGCGCCAGAACCGUCACCAAACACCAGCUUAUUGGUGGAGAGGAGACAGAGCGAUGAUGGUUAGAGGCCAAUGGGCAAAUUUGGCCAGGAUGCCGAGGUCACACCUUUAUUCUUUUCGAAUAACAUCCUGGGAUUUUUUAUGACCACACAGAGUAAGGACCUCGUUUUAACAUCUCCGAAGGAUGUAUAUAAGAACUAUACUAGACCUGCUACAAAAGCCAUAACUGGAGUUUAUGGAGACUUGAUGGAGACUAUGCUUGAUUUUGCUUAUCACUGGAUUUAUAACUAACUACUUUUACCAUUACUGAUGACAGCCUCUAAUUUGCUAUUUACUUUACUUAAACUUUUUGGAGCUUUGGACUGAACAGUAGUAUGCUGCCGGGCAAACCAAACUGACUUGUUCCUAAAAAGUGUGCCUAAACUUAUGCCUAAGGUGAUUGGUUAGCAGGCUCAGUGUGUUUGUGAUUAGCUAACCACCUAGUACACAUUGUCCGGAAACGUCAUGCCCCCUUCCCAUUAGGGGUAGUUGCAUGUUUCUGGGGGUGUGUUUUAUGUAAACAUCGGGGUUAGUGAUGUCACAAACCCAGGAAGAAGCUCGUUGUAGUCCCUACAAGCAGUUUUUUGUAGUCCAUAAACAGCAAAAGAUCUCCCUUUGCAUUGAACUCCAAGCGUCGUAACUUUGCAGACAUUGUUUUUGCUCUAACAGCAACAUUACACACUUACUAAAGUUCAAAAAAGGAAAUCAUAAUCAACCACCCCUUUAAAUUUAACUAACAGCAUGUGUAAAAACAAAUAUGCUGGGGGAAGGGAAUUCUGGCUAUCAAAGGUUGUUGUGUGAACCCGUCUUGCUUAAGAAUAAUUAUCCUAAUCCUUCAGGUCUUCGAUGUGGUUUAGCAAAAUUAACUAUCAAAAAUGAAACAAGCAACAACGUGGUUUUGCGAUAUUGCCUUGAUAAAGAUCGACAUUAUUGUGGCCCUUACAUUCCACUUAAUAAAUGGGUUUAAUAUAAAUCAGUUUUUCUGGCUGAAUUAAAUUAAAUAAGCACAGGAUGUUUUUGAGAGUGUUAAAUGCAUCUCUCCAACACUAUCAUAGCCUCUAUAGCCUGUUAGUGCUCCAGUGAAGCUUGUGAGCAUGUCAAUCAGAUUUCUUACUUUUUUUAUACUUUUGCCAGUGUGAUAAAGCACCUGUGCACCUCUGUAAUUUUUAUACACACAGAAUAUUCCAAACUUCAGUAUUUUGACAGGAUUUAACAAUAUUUAUCCAAAAACACAGUUACACAAAUUCAAGUAAACGACCACUAAUGUACAGUAAGUUAACUGCACAGAGGACAUGAUGUUAUCGAUACUCCUAAGAUAUAAUUUAACCUCAUUACAACCAGCGUGUGCAAACCUGUCUUAAAACAUGUGCAUAAUAAAUCUUUGAAGAAGACUGCAUGUCCCCUGAGGAGCGAGAGCUAUUGUAAAUAGAAGUGUUAUCGUGUGGGCAAACGGCAGUUCUUUAGUCAUUAGGUGUGUCUGUGAAUACACAAAAAUGUUUUUGAGGUGGUUUGGUGGACAGAUGCAGAUGGGAUGCCACAGGUACCACAAAACUUUACAAUAUUGCAAUGGAUAUUCGGCUUGACUCUGUCCAAACUGGUUUUUAAACUCCAUAUGUGCGGCCCUCACUUCACAGGCAAGUAUAAAAUAAUGCAACAAAAAUGAUCAUUCUGAAAUGAAGAUUAAUACAUUCUUCUCCUAUUUUAUUCUGAAGACAUUAAAGUGCUUUUUUUUUAUUUUUUUUAAUAAAAGCAGUUUUGUUAGAUCUAGCCUAUUUCCUGGGUAGUUUAUGAGUUGGCAUUUUAAGUUGCUGGGAAGGAGGCAUUGUAAUGACCUCUUCAAAAUGGACCUCAUCCAAAAAGGCAUCAAAAGCAAUUGUUCAUCUUUUCGCACCUUAGAUAAAAAUUGCGUUUCAUUUGUAAAGCUAAUUAAAAAGCUUGAACAUGUUAGCAUUUAUAUGUGCUUUUUCUUGUACUGUAAAAUGUUGCUAGUUUCUUUUUUGUAUAUUUUACUGCACAUAUUUGUAGCAAGUAUGCCUGGAUUUUGUUGUGCUAAACAUUUAUUGAGCAUUGUUUUGUUAAAAACCACACAUUCAUUGUAAAAUAUAUAUCAGAGUUCUAUUU